CUAUAUGCCAGCUUCACUCAAAAAUAACUUUCUUCGUUCAAACCGAACGAUUCGCGAAAGCCUUAAGAAUCGGUUCGCGCGAAUCGUUAGAAAGAACCGACUCGAAACAACAAUUUCCUCCGCGAAUCGGACAUCGCGUUCGUUCGCGUUUAGAAAGUGAGCUCUCCGGGAUCUCUCCGUGUAUACACACAGACACCCUGAAAAGUCAGGUUUGCCAGGUCUGGUUUAUCAGGACGGCGGAACUGAAGCCGUUCCCGUAUCACCUUCCUUCAUCCGUGAAACGGGCGGUCGCGCGGUUAUUAAUGACUUUUGGUGGAAAAAGCCUUCGGUUCGAGCAUACGGUGGAUUUUCAUGUGUUUCACGGGUGAUUUUCAGAUUGAUCUUUGGCACGCUUUGCAUCCUCAAAGGAGCCACAGAUCGGAGCGUGCUGUGGAUACGUUACGGACAAACGCAGCUGCAUUUCCAUGAGAAAUGGACGGACUGAAGAGAGACCCACGUUUUCAUCACUGAACCUAUGAGAAAAUCUUAAUUUGCACGUCUCGUGGUAAUCCCAACAGCGAAAAUGGGAGGAUAUGUACAAUUUCUAAGCAUAGCAGAAGGCAGCCGCGCUGUAUUGUGAGAUGCAUUUCCAUAUUACACACAGCACCGGAGCGCAACAUGUAUUUCCUGCGUGAAUCCCGUACGCACCGUUAACGCACAGGAUGCGUUUUAACAGACCGUAUCAGGCCAAGAUACGCUCUCCGAUCACGAUCGCGUCCGUUUUGUCGAUUUAAGCUGCCGCUCGGCUUUAAUAUUGCUUAUCACGGGGUGUCAUGCCGAUCUGGGGCGAAACGUCUCGUUCGACGGUCGCCUCGCUUCCUUCCUGGGUCCUGAUGUUCUUCAUCCAUGCGAGGAUUCACCAUGGAAACCCACAGUGAGCGCUGGUGGACGCCGAGAUUGGAUCCUGGAUUGGAAACGGAGAGGCUGGCGGAUGUGUAAACAGCUCUUCUUGUCGCCUUCACGUCAACUUGCUGAGACUUGUCUUUGCAGAUCUCAGAAAAACAAAGGCGUGUAGCUGGGGGCAAUUGCACAUCCCAAGUGCUCCAGGCGCUGGCGGGGGCCGAUGCCACAAACAUGCACGCAAGGUCUGAUUCGGUGUCUAAACAUGCCAGGCGUGACAAUCAGGCGGCCGCUUCGGAUCUGAUCUCAAGUUUGGACAUUGGGCGAACACCUUUCCAGGCCAUGUUUUUCCAGCAUGCCACACUCUAACGCGUGUUCACACCAGGAAAGUCUGCUUUGAGCCGGACCAAAUACGAUGUAAAUUGAUUCGGUUUGGUGCUGUUCGCUUUCACACUGCCUUUUUUGCAAGUGUAGCCGAAACUGUAAACCAAACCACACGUGUGCUAAGGUCAUCCAUUUAUUGGUUCGUUCAGCUGUACCAGAGUUCGUUUGGAAGCGGACCACCUCUUCAGCUGGUCCUCACCUGAGUGCGAUUGCUGUAUUCACAGCUGCCCAAAAGAUUCGCACCAAAGGGGGGAAAUGAACUUGAGCCACUAGAAGGCAAGCCUGCAACCUCUAGCCGAAAAAGCAUUACGUACGUAGAAAAGAAGAUAAGCAUGUCGAGACUUAUCGUUUAAUGAACCAACAGCCUAUCCGCUUAUCGUCAACAUGUUUUACACUAAACAAUACUUUUGGAUUGAAUGAUUUUUUAAGAGUUUACCGAGAUAAAAAUGCAGUUUUAUAAGACAAGCCACUGACUUUUUGCGACAGGUGGGAUUCAGCCUACGGCACUUCUCAUUCGUUCCUAUGGUAUCCGUAAAUGGCAAAUGAGUGUCGCACACCUCAAUGACGUCAAGGCUGUAAUGUGAUUGGUUAUCAAGGCACACGGUUAUCAAGUUAGCCGUUACGCUUUCCAACAGCAAGUAAUACGGACCCCGUCAUCUCCCUACAAUAAGACUCGAGUUCGAUUCAAUCGAACCAAACGUCGCGUGUGAAUACGCCCUUCGUUUUUAUAGCAUCUUGUACAAUCCAGCAGCGCAGAAUGCCUCGGAACCGGGCGUUUUCGGAGCCCGAGUACUCUGCGGAGUAUUCGGCGGACUGCUCGGUCACCCUGCCCUCGGACCCGGGUCAAGCGGUGGGACGCACCCACGAGGUGACGGUGCGCAGCUCCGGCUGCUGCCUGUGUCUGCCGCGGUUCAUGCGCCUGACCUUCGCCCCGGACUCUCUGGAGAACCUCUACCAGACCUACUUCCGCCGGCAGAGGCACGAGACCCUGCUGGUGCUGGUGGUGUUCGCGGCCCUCUUUGACUGCUACGUCAUCGUGAUGUGCACUGUGCUCUACACGGGGGAUAAGCUGGCGUCUGUGGCCGUGGCUUCGGUGGGGCUGGCGGCGGACGUCCUGCUGUACCUGCUGUGCCGCUUCGGUCUGCUCCCGGACCGCGUGACCCGCCGCCUGGUGCCCUACGCCCUGUGGGUGCUCAUAGCGGCCCAGAUCUUCUGUUACCUAGGACUGAACUUUGCCCGCUUCCAUCAGCCCAGCGACACUGUGGGUUGGCAGGCGUUUUUUAGCUUUUCCUUCUUCUUGACUCUGCCUCUGCGGCUGACCCCUAUAGUGCUGAUCACGGCCGUGUCCUGCGGUGUGCACACGCUCGUCCUGGGCGUCACCAUCGCCCAGCAGCAGCAGGAGGACAUCCAGGGGGCGGCUCUGGGAAGACAGUUGCUGGCCAACAUUGUGAUCUACUUCUGUGCCAUCACAGUGGGCGUCAUGUCGUAUUACAUGGCCGACCGCAAACACCGCAAGGCCUUUCUGGAGGCCCGGCAGUCGCUGGAGGUCAAGCUCAACAUGGAGGAGCAAAGUCAGCAGCAGGAGCGUCUCCUGCUGUCCAUCUUACCCAAGCACAUCGCAGACGAGAUGCUCCAGGACAUGAAGAAAGAAGCCAGUCAGAAAGAGAUGCAGCAGUUCAACACCAUGUACAUGUAUCGGCACGAGAACGUCAGUAUUCUGUUCGCAGACAUCGUGGGCUUCACUCAGCUGUCCUCGUCCUGCAGCGCUCAGGAGCUGGUGAAGCUGCUCAACGAAUUGUUCGCCCGCUUCGACAAAUUAGCAGCCAAAUACCACCAGUUGAGGAUCAAGAUUCUGGGCGACUGCUACUACUGUAUUUGUGGCCUUCCAGAUUACCGCGAUGACCAUGCGGCCUGCUCCAUCAUGAUGGGCCUGGCCAUGGUCGAGGCCAUUUCAUACGUUCGAGAGAAGACGCAGACGGACGUGGACAUGCGCGUCGGGGUGCAUUCUGGGACGGUUCUGGGCGGCGUGCUGGGACAGAAGCGCUGGCAGUACGACGUGUGGUCGACCGACGUGACCGUGGCCAACAAGAUGGAGGCUGGAGGAAUACCGGGGCGAGUACACAUUUCCCAGAAUACCCUGGAGUGUCUGCACGGGGAGUUUGACGUGGAGCCGGGGAACGGAGGAGACCGCUGCGAAUACCUGAAGGAAAGGGGCAUCGAGACGUACUUGGUGGUGGUGCCCAAGGGCCCCGUGGGUAAAAACGGCAUCAACGGUGUAAAGCUUUCGGUGACGUCGUCUAACGGGAAUUCUCCGCUGCUGAUCAACACCACGGAGUGCAACGGGAGCGUCCACACGGCCUGCACCACACCGGAGGAGCCGGAGGAGCUGGACACACGGGUGGUGAACCCCUCGUUUCCGAACCCUCGGCGCCGCUUGCGUCUGCGCGAUCUGGCCGAGAGAGUGAUCGACGCUCAGGAGAACGAACAGGAGCUCAAUAAACUCCUCAAUGAAGCGCUGCUGGAGAGAGAGACAGUACAAGCGCUGAAAGGGAAGUACACUAAUCGUCUGUCUCUGCGGUUCACCGAUCCCGAGCUGGAGACGCGCUUCUCCGUGGAGAAGGAGAAGCAGAGCGGAGCGGCGUUCAGCUGUUCUUGUGUGGUGCUGCUCUUCACCGCUGUCAUGGAGGCUCUCGUUGACCCCUGGUUGGUUGCAAACUACGUGACUCUGGCCGUGGGUGAAGUCUUGCUGCUCAUUCUCACGAUCUGUUCACUGGCGGCCAUUUUCCCUCGGGUGUUCCCAAAGAGACUGGUGUCGUUCUCCACUUGGAUCGAUCACACGCGCUGGGCUCGCAACACUUGGGCCAUGGCGGCCAUCUUCAUAGUCACGAUGGCCGACAUAGUAGAUAUGUUGAGCUGUCGUCCUCCGGAGUCCUCCUCAACCGAGGCCACAGCGGUCACCCCGGUCACUUCGGCCGCCAGCGGCUGUUGGGAGAAUCCCAAAUACUACAGCUACAUCGCGGUGCUGGCUCUCAUGGCCACCACCAUGCUGGUGCAGGUCAGUCACAUGGUCAAGCUCACCCUCAUGCUGCUGAUCACCGGAGCCACAGGCGUGGUCAACAUCUACAGCUGGAGGGACAUCUUUGACCUGUACGACCUGACACGCUUUAAAGAAUACAGAGUUCAUCUUGUGCCCUCCAAAUACACCAUGAGUGUGAUGAUCUUCAUCAUGAUGGUCAGCUUCUACUACUUCUCCCGACAUGUGGAGAAGCUGGCUCGCACGCUGUUCCUGUGGAAGAUCGAAGUGCAUGAGCAGAAGGAGAAGGUGUAUGAGAUGCGGCGCUGGAACGAGGCUCUGGUCACUAACAUGCUCCCGGAGCACGUCGCUCGCCAUUUCCUGGGCUCCAAGAAGAGGGACGAGGAGCUCUACAGCCAGUCCUACGACGAGAUCGGAGUCAUGUUCGCCUCCAUCCCAAACUUCUCUGACUUCUAUACCGAGGAAAGCAUCAACAACGGCGGCAUUGAGUGUCUGAGGUUCCUCAAUGAAAUCAUUUCUGAUUUCGAUAGCCUUUUAGACGAGCCGCAGUUUCGCUGUAUAACCAAGAUCAAGACUAUCGGCAGCACCUACAUGGCAGCGUCAGGAGUCACUUCAGACAAUAACACUAAUGGUUAUGCUUGCAUGAAGAAAGAAGAGAUUUCUGACCGGGAGCGGUGGCAGCACUUGGCGGAUCUCGCUGAUUUUGCCCUGGCCAUGAAAGUCACGCUGAUGAACAUCAACUACCAGUCCUUUAAUAACUUCAUGCUCCGCAUCGGGUUAAACAAAGGGGGCGUCUUGGCUGGUGUCAUCGGGGCCCGUAAACCUCAUUUUGACAUCUGGGGAAACACUGUGAAUGUCGCCAGUCGCAUGGAGUCCACGGGAGUGAUGGGGAACAUCCAGGUGGUGGAGGACUGCUACUGCAUCCUGAAGGACUACGGCUUCCGCUUCGUCAGGAGAGGACCCAUAUUCGUCAAAGGGAAAGGAGAGCUGCUCACCUACUUCCUAAAGGGACGUGAAAAGCAAGGCUCCUUCAUCAACGGCUCUUUCGUCACCCUGCCGCACCAAGUGGUGGACAGCUCCUGACCGACACGCACACACACACACACACACACUCUUGCUCGCGCACACCUCACCUCAUACCUCUUCUGCCGGGUACAUGUGCUCCAGUAAUUAGUACUUUCAAACGUGUUUUCUCUAUUUAUUAGGCUGAGGGAAGAAAUGUUGGCGGGAGAGACGAGAGAGACUUUCUGUUUAUACGAGACAAGUGCUAUAUGAUAUACAUUUUGGAAGCGUGCAGAGAUGAAUGAAUGAAAUCGGUCAAGCUGAACGAUUUCAUUAGGUUGCUGAAAAGAGGAACAGGUUGUUUUUAAACUCAAACCGCACCGAAUACAAUGAACUCUACUGUAUAUUACGCACUGCGCUGCUCGAAUGAAAAUGACUUAUUUUUGUCCUCCUUUCAUUUGAAAUCCUUUCGUUAUUUAAUCCUUUAUUUAAAGAUUGCCCUGAAAGUCCCUGAUAUAUCUGAAUGUUGUUUGCCAUUGAAAAGCUACUCCGAACGCCUGCGCAGGAAAGCGUACGGACUGCCUUUGCCUCUUACGAAAAGCGUGCGCGUGUUUGCGUAUUCAUGCAUUUCUGAAGUCUGUAGUCACCUUUUCUUUAUCCGUUUUACUUUCAACUAUUAACAACAUGGACAUUUAUGAGGUUUUAAAACUCUGUGACCACAUCAAAUUCUAGGAUUAAACGAAGUUCUAGGAUUUUAAAAUGUAUAAAAUACGUAAAAAUACGACUUUUACAGUUGAGGUCAAAAGUAUACACGCCCCUGUCAGAAUCUGCAAAAAAAACGAAUCUUUAUUUUGCCAAAAUAAGAGGGAUCACACACAAUGCACGUUAUUGUUUAUUCAGCACUGAUCUGUAUACAAUAUUUCACGCACAAGAUGUUUACAUAUAGUCCGCAAGAGAAAAUAAUAGUUGAAUUUAUAGAAAUGUUUACAUCCUCUUGAUUCCUAAUACUUUGUCGUUACCUGAAUGUUUAUUGAUUGUUUGUUUUUAGCUGUUCACAAGUGUUUGUCCUGAACAGUUAAUCUGUCUGCUGGUCUUCAGAAAAAUCCUUCGGGUCUCACAAACUCUUUGGUUUUCUUUUGGCUUUCCAACAACGAUGGUAUGAUUUCGAGGGACUCGUACAGACUGAUGCUCCAGAUGUAGACCAAUUUUUUUUCCCCCUAUUUUGUCUAAAUAAUAUAAUAUUUUUUACGCAGGCUACAAAAGAACUUACAUUUUCCGUAAUCUUCAAAUCAAAAAAAUUCAGAUUCCGAAACACAAACUUUUGACCUCGAGUGUUAAAUAGGUUUCGCUCAGAUUAUUAUACCGUCGAUGUGAUUAGUAGUAAAAAAUAUUAUACUAAAUUAAACCCGAAGCACUUUCACUGGUGGUCUCAGACUUUUGGAGCCUGUUAUAUGUUCUAGUGUUCCUCGCGUGCCAAAUAUAAAGCACUGUAAGUGCGUGUGCGUGUGGUACUCUGAGGACGCAGGUAGAGCAGAGGCGUACGAGUAUCACUGUGAAAGGGUUCAUUGUGCGUGUCAUUCAUGGGCAGUAUUGCAGGGAUGAACGUUUCUCAGUUCAGAAUAUAUACCCCACGGUGUCUUUCCUCAAGGAUUAGAUGAAUGUGCAAUAGUUUAUUCUUUUACGGCAUUCUGCUCUCCGGUACAGUUUUCAAAAGAGCCCUCCUCUCCCAGCAAGUCAUAUUUUUAUAUUAUGAAGUAAAGUUGUAGUUAAAGAGUAUUGUACAAAGAGACGGGACGCUAGGCUGGAUCGGUGUGUCUCAUAAACUGGCCAGACGGUUCAUUUAUUACCAGUUUCAGAGACCUUCCUCUCUGUCGGUAAGCAGAAAUGCGUUCGAUUUUGACUUUCAGAUGUUGAAAUGGUUUAUGAAGGCAUGACAUUGUGGCCAAUCUCUGUGGUUUGAUGCAGGAUUUUGCUAAAAUUUGAUAUUUUUGAAUUAUCCUUAGAUAUGGAAUAAAACGGCACUUUGAAUGAUCUGUUACCAAA